AUGACACAUACAAACGAAGUUAGAGUUCUCCCUCGUAAGGUGAAAUCAGUUGCAAUCAUUGGUGGUGGUGCAUCCGGUGCUAUUGCGUUAGAUUCUUUAAUCAAAGAGGAAAAAUUUGAAAAAAUUGUUCUUUUCGAAAGAAGAGAUGUUUUAGGUGGUGUUUGGGUCUUGGAUCAUAAACCUGAUCAAUUAGAUGUUCCACCUGGUUUUACUCAAGAUCAAUUAGACCCUAAAGUUAAGAUUCCAAAAGAUUUCCAAAAUGCAAAAGAUGUGACUAAACUACCAAGAACUCAACAACAAAGAUAUUUACAUACUGCAUCUUAUGAAGAUUUGAGAACAAAUAUCCCAGAACAAUUGAUGACUUACAGUGAUGAAAAAACAUGGGGUGCUGAUGAAAAACUUUAUGUUGAUGGCCAUUAUAUUCGUGGUGUUGCCAUUAGAGAUUAUAUUGAUCGUUAUAUCAAUAGACAUAGAGAUCAUGUCGUUCUAAGAACUACUGUGGAGGAUAUAACGAAGGAUUAUUCAACUAGUGAUACCCAAUUUGAAUUGACUUUGAGAACUGAAACUGAUGAAAAAGAUAACGAUGGUAAUUAUAUUGAUCAUUGGAGAAAAGAAAGUUUUGAUUCAGUGGUGAUUGCAACUGGUCAUUAUCAUGUUCCAUCAAUUCCAAAAGUUCCAGGAUUAGAUGAAGUAUAUCAUAGAUUCCCAUCAAAAGUGAAACAUUCCAAGACAUUCCGUGCGAAUGAUGAUUUUAAAGAUCAAACAAUCAUUGUUAUUGGAAGUCGUGCAUCAGGUGCAGAUAUUGUGGAUAUUACAUCUAAAGAUGCAAAGUUUGUUUAUCAAUCUAGAAGAAGCAAAGGUCCAUUGAGAUUUGACGGAGCUGAAAACACUACACUGAAACCAGUUAUCACCAAAUAUGAACUUGUUAAUGAUCAAGAUAUUAUUGUUCAUUUUGCAGAUGGUACAACUGUUGAAAACCCUGAUCAAAUCAUUUAUGCAACGGGGUUUAGAUUCAGCUAUCCAUUUUUAAAAGACCUUUACCCAAAUUUCACAACUGGUUAUAUCAAUCCAGAUCUUUAUCUACAUACAUUCAGCAUUAAGGAUCCAUUAUUAUCGCUUAUUGGAGUGCCAACAGAUGCUAUUUCAUUCAGAGCUUUUGAAUAUCAAGCAGUUUUGGUUUCAAGAUUCCUAGCAGGGAAAGUGGUACUACCUCCAUUGAAUGAACAAUUACAAUGGACUUUACAAAGAUUUAUAGAAAAAGGUGAUCAAAGAGCUUAUCAUACAAUAGACUUUGGUAAAAAACAUGAAUUUCUUAAUCUGUUGACUUCAAUUGGAGGAGGUGUUGAACCUAUAGGUCAAACAGGACGUCCUUUCCCAACAUGGACUGAAGAUGAUCUUCAAUUGUUGUUGAGUAUUGAAGAAAGAUUCAAAAAGUUUUUUGGUGAAGGUGAAGCCAACGAUUUUAAGAAUUCUACGAUCAAGCAGGAGUAA